AUGUAUCCAUUGCAUGUGAUUGUUUGGAGCUGUGGUCCAGAGAUGGUGCUGCCUCUGGAAGAUUGGGUUCUGAGCAGUCAAGUGGCACUACUGAGAGGGAAGACCGCUGUAUUUGGAAUACGGCUGUGGCACAUCAUACUUCAUCUAAGGCAGAAAUUCAAGCUGCAGUUGGUACCCGCUGUGACACAACAACUGACAACCAUUGGUUACUUCACGGACAGCGUCGAAACAGGUUUUGGGAAACAUAGUCAGUCUACCAUAAAAUCUUCUGAUCCAAUUGUCAUUAAUGUGUGCCCACUCUGUUCCUACUCAACUGUGAGAAGGGCUGAUUUGAGAAGACAUAUGUUGGUUCACAGUGGAGAAAGACCACAUGUGUGCCAAGUUUGCAAUAAACGUUUUAGCUUAAAAGAAAAUCUGAAGAAACAUUUAAUUAUUCAUUUGAGACAUUAG